GUUGCACUUGACCGCAUGUCGUUUAUGAUAUUUCUGAGCCUGAGCAGGGACCUUGAACGCCUCACAGCCCUCCAUGUUUCCCCUCCUCCAUCAGUCCGCCUUGUUUCCCUCCAUCAUCUCUUUGCUGAGCUCUCACUGCUCGGACGGUGCGUUAAGGUGCAGACCCGAGUCCCGCUCUUGGGGGAAAUUAGAGGAAACUCAGACGACCUUAAAAUGGAUCCAAUGACUCAGUCCGCCCAGAUAUCAUCGUCGCAGGGGUUAGCCGAUGGACAAAAUUCAGCUACCAAAGAAUCAAAGAUGUCCGUGAAGGAUCUGAUCCACUGGAGAGACCCCAAGAAGUCGGGCUUGGUGUUCGGCGUGUCGAUGCUGAUGCUGCUCUCCCUGGCGGCCUUCAGCGUCAUCAGCGUGGCAUCCUACCUGCUGCUCGCCCUGCUCUGCGUCACCAUCACCUUCCGCAUCUACAAGUCUGUAGUCCAGGCCGUGCAGAAGUCCAGCGAGGGACACCCCUUCAAAACGCUGAUAGAUAAGGAUGUCAGCAUCCCUCCUGAGACCUUCCGUAAGCACGUGGACUGCAGUCUGACCUACAUCAACCGAGCCCUGAAGCAGAUGAGCCGCCUCUUCCUGGUCGAGGACCUCGUGGACUCCCUGAAGCUGGCUGUGGUCAUGUGGCUGUUGACCUACGUGGGAGCUGUUUUCAAUGGAAUCACCAUCCUCAUCCUCGCUAACAUCCUCCUCUUCGCCAUUCCUCCGGUCUACGAGAAGAACAAGACCCAGAUCGAUCAGUACAUCGACCUGGUACGCACUCAAGUCAACACCACGAUGGCCAAGUUGCAAGAGAAACUCCCCGGAGCUGUGAAACGCAGCAAAGCUGAAUGAUCCUCCCCAUCAUUAGAAACCUCCACAUCACCAUCAUCCUCAUCUUCAUCACCAUCCUAAACUCCUCCUCCUCCUCUCUCCAGAAACCCCGCCCCCCAGUCUAACUCCUCCCCUUCCUCCAUCCACCAUCAGCACCCUCCUACACUGAACCCUGCUAGGUAGAAAAUCUGAGCUACUCGAUAUUCAAUGUAAAACUACUGCGCAGCUUAACUCGCAUUAAAGCAUUAAAAAGAACUGUGCCUGUGCAGACAGGAAGCACGUCGCUAGAGAGGAAGUGAUGUAACGCCCGCCGUGGACCCCGACUGUCUUGUGGGUGGAGCCACAGGGAGAUGGAGGCAGGGUCGAGUGAACUAGACUAAAUCUAUGACCUGGUUUUUUGUGCAGCAGCAGCAGCAGCAGCAGGCGGGGUGACGGUCACAUAAAAGAGCAAAUGUCUGUACUUUAACCACAUCUCUCUGAAAUUAACUAACAAGCUUCUGGGUGUUAACGCGACUCGUCUCUCGCUCUGCAGCUGUCGUCGGAUAGGCGUGAGUUAAAAAGCUGGUUUUGGGUUCAGCCUGUUGUUGAGUUUGUUUCCAGGCACUUCCUCUGUAUGUAAGUUUCUGCAAUGCCUGAAUUUUAAUUUUUACACCCGUGAGCAGGUUGAAAUAAAAGGAUUGGAAACACUGA